UUUUUUUUUUUUUUUUUGGUGACAGGCACCAUGCGCAAUGACUGACUCUGUGGUCGGAUCCAAGCACCGCACAGAAAUUUAGUCCGCAUCAUUCCCUGACAGCUCCUUAAGAGAGAGGAGAGAGGAGAGAGGAGAGAGAGGGAAGCAGGGCUGGAUUCUCAGACUGUGAUAGUGCAGCAUGACGGACACAGUGAUGAGCAGCAGCUCGGAUCGCUGGGUGUCUAAUGACAGGCAGAGGAGCAUGCAUCCUAGUGAUAAAGAGCAGGGCAACUGGACCAUGCAGCCAGGCCCUGGUUCUGGUCCAGACCUGACAGAUGAAGAGAAAGAGAUUAUAAAUAGUGUGAUCGCCCGUGCUGAGAAAAUGGAGGCCAUGGAGCAGGAGAGAAUUGGGCGCUUGAUAAACCGCCUGGACGACAUGAAGAAGACUGUGUGCGGGGAUGGGAUGUCCCGCUGUUUGCUGUGUGGGGAGCAGCUGGGCUCACCUGGGGUCAGCUCAGUGGUGUGUGAGGACUGCAAAAAGAACAUGUGUACCAAGUGUGGUACACAGUGUAGCAGUCGGCCACGCGCCGUCUGGCUAUGCAAGAUCUGCAGAGAACAGCGAGAGGUGUGGAAGAGGUCUGGUGCCUGGUUCUUUAAAGGUUUUCCGAAGCAUUUCCUGCCAUCGCCCAUGCCGUUAUCUAAAGUAAAAGACGAUGCAGCAGAGCCCCAGGCGCCACCAGCCCCUGGGCCCAGGGAGGCUGUAGCCCAACCACAAGCACCAGGACCAGAGCCACAAGGUCGUUCUGGUUACCCACCUGUAGCCCCUAAACCAUCAGUUGGGCGCAUGGCCACAGGCGGGGUUGGCCCUGAAGAGGCCGGGCAGGGCAGCCCAGUGGUGAUGAAGAAGAUGGUGCCCGUCCAGAGCUCCAGACCACAGCCUGCAGCAUCGGCCACUCUGGCCCAGCAGGGUUCAGUGGCAGGAGAUGGAGGCGCUUACUCCACUGGUGCAGCUCCUCCUGAGCAGAGAGUGCCUCCUGCAGUAAGAGAGGAAAGGAGGCAGCCCGCUGCCUACGGCACUCAUCCCGCCAGGCAGCAACCUCCCCCAGCCGAGGAGGAGGAGGAAACCAACGACUAUGACUCUGAUGAAGCCACCACUCUGGGCUCUCUCGAGUUCAGCCUGCUCUAUGAACAGGAAAGCAACAGCCUCCACUGUAGCAUCCUCAAAGCAAAGGGACUGAAACCUAUGGACUCCAACGGACUGGCGGAUCCCUAUGUUAAGCUUCAUCUGCUGCCUGGAGCUAGUAAGUCUAACAAGCUGCGCACAAAGACCCUGAGAAACACCCGCAACCCAGCGUGGAAUGAGACUCUCACCUAUCACGGCCUGACAGAUGAGGACAUGCAGCGUAAGACCCUCAGGCUGUCUGUCUGCGAUGAAGACAAGUUCGGGCAUAAUGAGUUUAUUGGGGAAACCCGAGUGGCACUGAAGAAACUGAAGAUGAACCAGAAGAAAAACUUCAACGUGUGCCUCGAGAGAGUUGUCCCUACGAAGAGAACUGCAACAGCUGGGGGAGCCAGAGGCAUCGCCCUCUACGAGGAUGAGCCGGGGAAAGAUGGCGGAGAAGUGGAGGAGCGUGGCCGGAUUCUGAUGUCCCUCAUGUACAGCACCCAGACGAACCGCCUCGUCGUAGGCGUCGUGCGCUGCGUUCACCUGGCUGCCAUGGAUGCAAAUGGCUACUCUGACCCAUAUGUGAAAAUAUGUCUGAAACCUGACAUGGGGAAGAAGGCCAAGUGCAAAACACAAAUCAAGAAGAGGACUUUAAACCCAGAGUUUAAUGAGGAAUUCAGCUAUGACAUCAAACACAGCGAACUGGCCAAGAAGACUUUAGAUAUCUCCGUGUGGGAUUAUGAUAUCGGGAAGUCCAACGACUACAUUGGUGGGUGCCAGCUCGGUAUCACUGCCAAAGGAGAGCGGCUGAAGCACUGGUACGAGUGUCUGAAGAACAAGGACAAGAAGAUCGAGCGCUGGCACACCUUGUAUAACGAGAAUCACGUUGCUAGUGAUUAACCACUUGCCCCCUGCGCCCCCAUACAGCAUGAGCUAAAACCUCCUGUUUGUCAAACUUGGUUUGCAGUCAUGCACCUUUUUUCCAUGUUUGUUUCUUUAUCUACUCUUUCACUACCUGACCAUCACACAGGCUUUAAAGCACCUCUUUUUCCUGAUGUAGUGUAUCUUCUCUUUCCUCUUAUUAACAGUUUCUCUGCCUGUGCUGAUACUUAAUCUGCCUCUGGGACAAAUCAUGGCAUAAAUGAAUUAGAAAUGUAACAGCUGCACAAGGACCAUCAUGCCUGCCAGUGGUGUUAUGUAGUUUGCUGAACUUGACGCAUCAUCCUGCAAAAGAAAAUGAAAUUGCAUUGGCACAGGACAAGAAAAGCAAUAUGUUACGGCAUCUGAGGCCAAAAACCCAUCGUUCAGAUUCUUCAAAUUUCUCAAUUGAGCUCAUGCGACAGAUUCAUUAGAGUGUCAGGAUAUUAUUUUUUAAUUUUAUUUCUCGUGCGAUUACAUCAUGCUAUAGUGCAACACUUGAACUGUAUAAGCAUGCUAAGCCACAGACAUAAGAAAACACGCAGCCGCACCUUCAAAUGUUUCAACUGUGCCCACUGUCCUGAACAUAUUGUAUAUUUCCAUGAAGAAAUGUUUACAUACUGAUACAUUGCUCAGGUUAGGAUAGACGUCUGAUAUACAGAUGAUUCAUAAGUCAGUGGACCAUGAGCUAGAUAAAUCUUCAAUCCGUUGCUGUUAAUUUGUGAUUUGAAAUUAUAGCACACCUAGUUAAACAUUAGGAGUUUUUAUGUACGGUUAGUUAAGCUGUGAACUUUGAUUUGUGGGAAGUAUUAACUGUGAUUAGAGAAAGUGAACGCGUUCUUUUCUUUUCUUAGUUACGGUGAGAUUCGGCAGGAUUUUCCUCCUGCUUACCUCUCGACUCUUCUUUAAGCUCGCGGAUCACUCUGACUCCUCAGAGGUUUUCUAUUGUAGUGUUUACACUGAACGCACACGGCCUAGUCUCCUUACAGGUUUCCCUCACAAAAUGUGGCUUCUCCGCUCAACAAGGAGAGAAUGUGGAACAGGUUAUGGCAUAAGUAUGUGCAGCUUUACCUGCAUGCACUGUGCUCGUCACUCCUGGUGUGCCUGGGGCAGUUGUGGCCUGCUUUUACUCCGAUGCACCCUUUGCACAAAGCAGGGCUCUCCCCCCCCCCCAAUCAUUCAAGGCUUUACUGUGUGUUUCUUCACUAAUCACAGCAAACCAAGGAAAGCACACCUUACAAAGUGGAAUGACCUCAAUUUAUACAGCUGUUUGCAAGUUAUUCCAAUGUCACAACAAAGAUGAAAACAAAAAAUCCUAUGCAUGAAAUCUCUUGUGGUUCAAGAUAUUAUAUAUAUAUACUUUGUAAGAAAUUAAUGCUAUUGUAAUUCCAUUAAUGUUUACACUUCUUCCCCAUAACAUCCCUGUUAAUACUUUAAGAGGCCAUAUUCUGCAUGACUGUGGUGUAAUCUGAAUUAAACUGGUCUGAUAGCAUCCGCAGAAUAGGCUGAAAAUCAACUGAGCACAUCGACAAAAAGACUAUUCAGCUCUGUCAGUAGCAGCAGACGUUGAGGUGAAUCUCAUCCCUUAAAUGAGACUCUCUGUACAUAAACAUUCAGAUCCCUCCAGUGUCUUGUUUUCUCUGCACAGCCACUCUACGGCCCCAUGGCAGUGAUUCAAACACCCACCGGUAGCAUCAUACACUGUCCUAUGUUGUGCUACUGAUGAUUAACAUAAAUUAUAAUCAAUAGUUUGUUUUUUGUUUUUUUAAAAAGAGGCUUCUCUCUGAGCUAAACCCAUAGCUGUCUUCUACUUGAUUCUGCCCAGUUCAGUGGAAUGUUUCUUGGUUUAUCUGCGUAUUUGUACAUAGAUAGUGCAUGCACUGGAAAUAUGUAUGUUUGCAAAUAACUUUGCAUGUAAAGAUUUUGCAGAGAGUUUACACAGAUCAAUAAAAUCCAAUGAAAACUGA